AUGGGUGUCCGUGAAAGCACCUCUCUGCAGGAAGAAGUGCCACCACAUCCCGGGACUGAAGUCAUUCCGAAGGCCGACGUGGAGCGACCGAUCCACGAAGAAGAAGCGACCUCUCCGGAAGGGGCCACUGAGCGGCAGACGCAAGAAACCACUGCGCCUUUGGUUGAAAAUGAAGACAGUGAGGACGUUGGCACCGCAUCGGGCAAUACAAGCACCCUGCCUGGGGAAACCAAGAUCCCAUCGGGGUCCAACGCAACAGCACCCUCGGGUACCGGCAUUUUGCUUGAGAACGGGCAUUUCGAGGAGUUGGCGGGCAUGGCUCUAUUUGCUGAGAGCACCAUGCAUGGGUGUGUGUCUCGGGUGUUGUUGCUGAUGCUUCUGGGGCUGUGGGGCGCUGCGGCUCUCUGUUGA